AUGGCGACAGCAAAGGAUUUACAGGCACUACUUCGUUUCUUAACGCAAGAUGCCAGAAUACCCCUCGCUACUUCUAUUAGCAAGGCUAAGGGCCUACAAGAAGCCAAGCUACUAAAUCCAGAAGAUAUUUCUAAAGCAAAGUUGGCGGCGGUCCAAUCAGUUUUUACAGAAGCCAAAACUGCAAGACAGGUGUGGAACGCGGCGAAAAGGGUUGUCAAAAAGCGAGCUACAGAAGAGCAGGAUGAUGGCAUGGUAACAGCAUCAUCUGUAUCAUCACCUUCGAAGAAACGGAAAGCAACAGUUGCAGGGCUUGACAUGACUCCUCAGCAGCUGGAAGAGUCACUUACGCUUCCCGUAAGUACGGAUUUGGAAAGGAUUUCUAAGACGGUGAUUGUCACCAAUCGAGCCCCACUAGUGUUAGCAUUCGCAGUCAUGUCACUGAAGUACACAAUGCCCGAGCAGCCGUUGUCCAGCAGACUAAGCCUUGCCCAGGCUGUGGUGAGCGCAAACAGCCGCACAAAGGCUCGCAGUCUGGGUAUAGAUACGGCCGCUCCCAGCGCUGAGGACGCAGGAUGGGCACAAGGGCAGCCCACGGUCAAGGUACUGGGGAGGAGUAUCAGCGUCCUCCGACGGGUAGGGUACGACUGGGACUACGAAAAAGGGGAAACUACAUCUGUAUCACCACCCAGUAUCGGAUUUGAUAGCAAGAAGGAAACGGUGCCAGAGGGAGGUAGCAGCAAAUCCCCGCACGCCGAGACGGGUUCCCCUGCACACAAAUCGAACGUGCUAUCACCCAAACAAGACAAUGACGACGACAAUCUCCCAGCCCUAUGGGGUCUGGACUUGGAGGGUGAUCGUAAAUCGAGCGACGGCCGCCAGCACAGCAGAUAUGGUGGGUACGACGGCGGAAGUAGAGGCCAGAGCACGCACCUCCCUGUAUUCAGAGCUGAGCCAGCUCGAGACUACCUGUUCAGAUCGUUUUCUGAGCACGAGCACGACCCAAACCAGCUGGACAGCGUGCAAAAGGCCAAGGCGACGUCGAUGCCAGCCAAGGAGAUUGCUCUCAGUUUGCUACUUGGCGCGAUCGAUCAUGUUUGCCAGUCAUGGGCGCCAACGCUGAGCCGAGACGAAUUGGAUAGACAUGUCUGGAGAUGGUACAUCGCCGUGCGGCCAGAAAUCGAGGGUGGCAUCUCAGGAUGGGGCCAGAAGGGAAAGGUCCAUUUAUCUGCGAUCCUUGAUUUGAAGAGACCGAGAUGAAAUGCGUGUGUUUUAGUUUCGAAUAUUUUCACGAGCCAUCAAUCAAAAUUUUUGGACCACAAGAAGGGCUGUGGGAACUGGCUAUGGAGAAUUUCUGGGCUCAAGAUGGAUUAUAUGAGCUCACGAACUGGGUGUUGCUCGGCCAAUCGUGUUGAUUUUAUGCAUCAAAUCAUCUCCCAUUUGGAGACAUCCGUUCGGAAACUACCCCCACACCCUUGCCUCGACAAAAACUUCCUUAUGGGCCAGGCAGGAGAGGAGGGGGAAGAGAAAGAAGAGGAGAAUUGAUACGAAUCGAAAAUGGGUGUUGGCGUGCCAGAGGCGAAGAGGGAGAGCAAGGGAAGCCUCCGCAGCUGCAGCAAAGGCCAACUUUCCGACAUCGAGACAGUUCUUCAUGCGUUUUCUCUGAUGUCAUCUUGAGGUCUCACUGGUGUGGUUGUCCACGGGAAGGCCGUGUCCACCCUGGCUCCAUUCCAUGAAGAGACUUGAGUGGCCUCCAUUCGAAAGUCACCAACCUUGACCAGAAACCCUCGAUUGAACACGACACGGGCUCUCGCAUCGGGAAAGAAAGCAGAACCAGGAUGGUGAAGAUGGUGAAAACAAAAAGAAACAAACAACAAUAACAAUCGCAAAUUAUAGAUAUGAAAGGAGGUACCCCCAGGAAUUACAAGACCAAAGAGGCGGUCCUCCCAAGGGGACGACACA